CCCACCUUUAGCUGCUCGAGCUAACUGGCUAGCGACCAGGACUCACUACUCUGGCGGGGGGAGUUUAUUUUCAACGACGGGUUAGUCGUUUUCUGAAGAGGAGGACAAGGUAUUCAGAGUCGAUGAAAGAUACGGAUUUUGGAUAUACAAGAGUUCGUUUGUUGAGCGGGACGAGUGGCGAAAGGGGGAGUCGGUGUUAGUCUCUUAACCCACUGUUACGUUAGCUAGCACGCCUUCACUCUUACAUAAAAACAACAGCCGCGACCUACUGUAGCCAAGCUAUGUAACAGAUUUAUCCUCAACCCUCAUAUACUGUGAGCAACUUCAAAACUUAAACCUGUGCUUUUUUGAGUUGACAUAACGUUAGUAUCGUAACGGCGAGACCAAAUUGAUAUUAAGCUUCUUACUUACUAAGCCCGGAGAAUUGUUUACCCACCGUUGCUUGACUAACGUUAAACAUGCUAUAGAGUCAUUGUUUAAGUGUUUUCUUGGAAACGUCAUUAUCUGUGAAGUUUCUACGCAAACAGACCACCUUCUGGCUCUUUUACGGGGGAGAGAGGGGGCUGACAAGCGGAGGUAAAUAAACCCAACCUCCUGCCUCCGCGGUGCAGUAGCCGGUGUUUACAGGUUUAAGCGCAUCCGCUGUUGCCUUUAUUGGUGGAGAGGCUAUAGCUGACUGUCAGUGGGACUUUUAAACGACAGAGCUAAAGUAAACAGGCUUUUUAGUGUUCUUAACCUUCUUCCAAUGGCGAGCGGUCGGUGUCAGGCACAAUUAUAUGAUUGGUUUUACAGAAAGGCGUUAAAUGAUAGUUAUCCUGACAUGUUUACUGAACAGCGUGGAGAGGUAGGUGCGCAUUUCCGAGAAUCUCAGUGAACAGCUGUCUGAUAUCCAAGAAGAAGAGAUGGAGACGGGUGUGAGGUCUCACCAGGGCGAGCUAUUCGUCCACCCGCUCUCCAACCCCGGGGCUGCGGGGAUAUUCCCCGAAAUGCUGGAGGUGGCAGAAGAGGCGAGUAGGGCUGGAGAUUUUAACCUGGCUGUGGAGAUCUACAGCUCCCAACUCGCAGACCUUCAGCAGCCGGACAGGGGCUUGUGUCUCAGAAAGGCUGACUCUCUGGCCCGCGCCGGGCGAAUAUCUGAGGCUCUGGACUCGUACUGCUUAGCGGCCAGCCUGGGCAAACUACGCCCGCAGGAGCUUCCCUUGCUGGUGGAAACCAUCGCCCACACUCUCCGCGAGAAAGAGCUGGGCAUAGCCGGGACUUUAAACUCACAAGUCAAAAGCAGCAAUGGGGGAGAUGGGGUUGAAAGUGAUGUUGAGUGUAUAGAGGAUGAAGCACUGGAUUUAUUCUCCUGUCGCCUCUGCAAGUGUCUCCUCCAUGAGCCCACCACUGUGGAGUGCGGACACACUUUCUGCAAACGCUGCUUGGAAGCAGACUCCGUCAAAGACUGUACACACUGCAAACAAAAGUUGAACAAAAAUGACAUACUGCCGAACGGCCGGAGGAUAAAUGUGGUUCUCAGCGGCCUGCUGGAUAAACUGUUUGCAACUGAGAGUAAAUCUAGGAAAUACUGGAUGGAGGCGGAGGUUUUGUGGGAAAAACAGAGUCUCGCGGAUGCUUUGGAGAAGUACAACGCAGCAGUGGAUUUAGUGCCCUCUUCAGGCAGAUUGCUGUGCCAGCGGGCGGAGCUGCACAUGGAGAUGAGGAACUUCAGCCAGGCAGUGCAGGACUCCAGCAGCGUCUGUAGGAUCAAACCUCUCUGUACAAAGGCUCACUAUGUGAAAGCCACAGCGCUGAGUAAAGGAGGUCGGAAUGAUGAGGCUUUGCAGGAGUAUUUCUUGUGUUUGGCGCUCAAACCCGACUGGACCAAAGUCAAACUGGAGGCACAGAAAGUUCUCAGUGAGCUGUUCCACUCUGUGUUCGAGAACGAGGACCUGCCAACGCCGGUGCACCCUCUGCAGGGGGGGUUGGCCACUCGCCUCAUUAAACCCCCAGCCUUGCUCAGGUCCCUGAGGCCGAUCACGCAGAGAACUGGAUCCUCUUCGCAGAACUCGGAAUUCAGUGUGACUAAAAGCACUCCAGUGGACGACACAUCCUCCAGACUCUCCGCUCUGUCUCCUGGUAAAUCUGACCGUCCUUCUGGGGAAGGCAGCACCAAGACCCUGAGCGAUGUUCUGGCUGCACUGCCAGCGCCGCCCGGUGGCAUUAAGAGGAAACACAGCGGAGACGGACCAUUGGCAAACUUGAACACCCCCUCCAAACUGCUCAGAGCUGAUGGGGCAAGCAGCAUUCCGACGGCCACGGUUUGUGGAGGCAGGGUGGUUCCUGCUGACCUGAUGGACAGCGGAGACUUGGAGUGUUCACUCUGCAUGAGAUUGUUCUAUGAGCCGGUGGCCACACCCUGCGGACACACCUUCUGCCUCAAAUGUCUGGAGCGCUGCCUGGACCACAAUCCCAACUGCCCUCUGUGCAAGGAGAAUCUGUCCGAGUAUCUGGCCACCAGGGGUUACAACAAGACCCUGCUGAUGGAGGAAGUGCUGCAGCGUUACCUUGGAGACGAAGUGGAAGAAAGGAAGAAGAUCAGUGAGGAGGAGAUGAAAGAGCUAUCCAACUUGAACCAGGAAGUGCCUAUCUUCGUGUGCACAAUGGCCUUCCCCACCAUUCCCUGUCCGCUGCAUGUGUUUGAGCCGCGCUACCGCCUCAUGAUCCGUCGCUCCAUGGAGACCGGCACCAAGCAGUUCGGAAUGUGCAUAGCCGAUGAGCUCAAAGGCUUUGCUGACUACGGCUGUAUGCUGCAGGUGCGAGAUGUUAAGUUUUUUCCCGACGGCCGCUCGGUGGUCGACACCAUCGGCGUGUCGCGGUUCAAGGUUCUCAGCCACGGACAGAGAGACGGCUACCACACUGCCAAGAUAGAGUACUUGGAAGACAAGAAGGUGGAAGGAGAGGAGCUGGUGGAACUCCUGAAGCUGCACGACUCUGUGUACGAGCAGGCAAACAGCUGGUUCACAUCACUGAAAGACAACAUGAAGAGCCAGAUCCUCAGCCAUUUCGGACACCUUCCCAGCAAAGACCCCGACCCGCCGGCCAGUCCCAGCGGUCCAGCCUGGUGCUGGUGGCUGCUCGCCGUCCUCCCGCUUGAGAAUCGAGCCCAGCUCACCAUCCUAUCCAUGAACUCCCUCAAAGACCGCCUCAUCGCCAUCCGUAGGGUCCUCAUUUUCGUCACACGCAAGAAGCCUCGAUGAUGGUCCGGCUGUGUGGGCAGGAGGCUCGGGGGGCAAGAGCAACAGCAGAAUUGACAACAAUUCAUUUGUUCGUUCAUUCAUUCACUCACUCAUUAGUACAUGUGUUUACACACUCCCCUGAAUUCCUUCCCGUGUGAUGCAGACUUUUACUGAGCGCACGUCAGUUCGGGUGAGAGCGACGGGGGACAUCCAGUCACCCCCCCACCCCCACCCACUACCCACCACCAUCACCUGCAUCUUCUCAUCACACCUUUCUGAAUGAGUGACCUCUCACUCCUAGUUCUCUACCUUCAAGACCGAGAUAAAUAAACUGUUUCUUUGAACUUAGGUCACGUCCGGGUAACCCUCUGUUAUGAAGGAACAAAAAGACCUGUGAUCACAGGCAGUGUGGGCAGGUUCAAGAGAACAUUUCCUACAUAAACUAAGCAGUAUUUCACAUGCGCUGAAACCCUGAGAGCGGUGUGCCUCCCUCCUCUCUCCCUCUCGCCCCUCCCCCCUUGCAUCAACAACUGACAGUUUGCACAGAAAUAAAGUAACACAAAUGGAAACCUCACCUGCUGAAAUAUGAAGCAAAAACAACAACAAAAACACUUGGCGAGACAGCAGUGCACAUAAAAGUGAAUGUACUAGUCUGGCUGUAUGUAGUAGGCGGAUGUAUUUCUUCUUUUAUUUCCUCCCUGCUACAUUUACAGAGUCCUCUUUGGGCAAAGGCGCACACAAGGUUAGUUUUCCCAUCCGCAUGUGCACCUGCAAACAGGCUGCUUCACUCCUUUUAGAAUCUUCCAGACUGAGCCAAAAUUUGAUGUGCACAGAUGUUGCAUCGCUGCCGGGCACGUACCUCAGUAAUUGUUUUUUCCUGAUAGAAAACUAAGAGAGCUGGUGCCACGAGAGUCAUCGCGACAAGAUAGAAAGGCACCCGCGCUGACACUACAAAUCAUCUGGACUACAGCAUUUUGAGAACAAGCGCGACUCCCAAGUCGCUCAAGUUGUUAGUUGCAUUUAGGAAAAAAUACAUCCUCCCAGAUCGAGCUGAUCUGGAACUUUCUGUCCUAUUGUAGCAUAUCUCUGGGACUUCAAUUCUAGACUUAGUUAUAAGGGUUGAUUUUGUAUUUUUGUUUUUUGUUUGUUUUCCCUCUCUCUUUUUUUCUCACUCUGCUAUGCCCUUAAGUGUAUGUGUAUGGUGAAAUCUUUAAGUGAUUUGUAUGUAUAUCAGUGUAACUCGGAGGCCUUUUUAAUGUUUUAUUUAAGGAACAUUUCACCCCCACUCUCCGUAUUUCUUCUUUUCUUUCUCAGUACAUUUACACGGACGCUGUAGUGCGAUUACUACCAAUAACCAGCUUUAAUGGUACCCUGUGAGAGUUUUCUUGGAAACAAUUAGUUAUUUUUAUAUUCAAUGUUUCUGCCAAAUAUAUUGUGUCGAGUAAUUUUCAUUCCUCAUAAAACAGUGGAAAAUAUUCUAGGAUAUUUUUGAACUUGAAUGGUUCCUUUACUGGCACAUAGUUUUGUCCUUUGGUGCUCGGCAUCACCAGCUGUUGGCAGGACUGUGUCAUUGCUCUUUAGUGCCCCUAAUGGUCAAAAGCUCUACAGGAAACUGUUCAAAAUUGGUUCAACAUUGCACAAUAAAAACCCAAAUUUAAAAGAUGAUUGGGUUAAAGGUACCUUUGAAUUUUUUUGACCACUAACAACCCCAUGGAUGUAUUAUAAGGGCUGGAUAGGUUGCUGCUGCUUAGCCAUCAGCCUAUUUUCCCCAGUGGCUACUCAUGGUAUUGCAGUAAAAGCAUUUUCCCCAUAGACCACCAUUGUAAAAGAGACGUCUGUAAAACUGCUGACAUGACACCUUGAACAGUCAAUUAUGUUCUGUUUUAUGGCUCGUUAUCAUGAUUUUUUGAUCCAUGGAGGUUUUAUACGAGUAAAAUUAAAAUUACUAAAUUAAUUUAGCCGAGAAAAGCAAUUUAAAAAAAAUGUCACGUCAUCCCAAAGUGAAGACUUUGCAGAUGUUUUGAGGAAUGAAAUGGCCUCAGAGAUCCACACGAUAUAUUUUGAUGAGAAACAGUGAAUGUAAACACAUAGAGGAAAACUCCACAGAGUACAGUUCAUGUGUGGAAAGAUGAGCGGUGAAAGAAAUGUAGGAACCAAGUGAAAUCAGUCCAAGUGUCACGAGCCACCGUAACUCUAAACAGUGAGGAGCAGUCUGGGUCUUACAGUCACUUUAUGUUUAACUUUAACCUGGUUAAGUUGGGGGGGGGGGGGGGGUUUAUCAUUGGACAGUCGUGGUCGUAAAUGCGUCAGUAGCAUUCAUGUAAAUGCACUGUUUCUCUGUAUAAUUCUGUCCUUCCAAAUGUUUGUGACUCCACUGCAGUCACUUGCUCUCUGUACGGGGGUCGGGGUUCACAACAUGCUGCAUUUCCCUGGUAUAUUUGAAAAGGGGGAUCUUAUACCUAUUUUUUA